AUGGCGAGCAUUUUUCAGCACAUGGCUUUAUUAAUUUUCGUCAGUCUGGGAGAAACUGUUACAGGGUCUGUCAUCUCUUGGCACCGAUCUCCAGGUAAGAGUCAAAGUUAACAGAUCUGUUACAGAUCAGACUAUGUUCAUGGUCUGAAAGAAAAAGUCUGCCAGAUAAACCGUUAUCACUUUGUUUGAGGGUAUACUUCGGACAGGGUGAUUUCUUCGAUAUAUAGACUUUGCUAUUAUCCUGUGAAUUAUGUUGAAAUCAGUUCAAUAACUAGACUUUAUAUAAUUCAGAUCGGCAAUUUCGCCUUUUAUCAUUGGCGAAGUGAAACUUUUUAUAUGAGAAGGUAUCGUUUUGUUGUCGUUUGUCAUCCGUGAAGUGAAACUGAAAUACAACUGUCUGUACAAAGUCCACAGAGAAGAAUGCUCUAAUAGUUUUCAUAACAAUUUAUUUAAUAAGAUUAUCGAGGCUGCAAAAUGACCAAAAUUGAAAUAUUAUGAAAAUUUCAGGGAAAAGUAACCCGAGGCUGAGACUUUGAAAAGAAUAUAUUAAUUUUGUGUGUGUAAAAAGUUGAAAAUAAAAUUCGAUUAUAUGUUUUUCACUAAGGUGUGACAAGUGCUUUGUACGGUAUUAAAUACGCACGAGAUGUUGACGAAUCACAAUUCGGACGAGUUAGAGCAGUGAACGAGUGAGAUUUUUGAAAAGAUAUGGAUUAAGCUUUAUUCAGAACGACUGCGUUAAAACCGUACAAAGCACUUUCAAUGUGAUAUUGUGUUUAUUAAUUACAUGCUGGGACAUUCAUCACCCUGAAAGCCUUCUAUUUUUUAUGGUUUUCAAGGUGUUAAAGUGACGAAAUUUGCUUCCACACAUAAUGAGGUGACAUAAAAUAAAAACACGUCGUUGCCCCCAAAAUUUUAAUGAUCUCUAGAGGCCACUAUUAGUUGGUCAGUAAAUAUUAACAAUGGUUUGUUGAAUGGUGUUAUAUUUAAUGACUUAACUGAAAGGCGUUUGACAACAUCGACUAUCACAUUCAGUCUGUUGCGUAAGCUUUGUGAUAUUAAUGGGAACUCUUUAAAGUGGAUUGAGUUGUAUUUAAGCAAUCGAAGCCAGAAGUGCAAGGUAAACAAUCAUUUAUCGCAAGCGAAACAAAGCAAUUGUGGAGUUCCUAAUGGUUCCAUCUUACGCCCCUGUUUUCCUGUUAUAUAUUGACGAUAUCCCAAGUUGCCUAGAGAAGGCUGCCUCUAGAAUGUAUGCUGCUGGUACUGAUAUUAUUUUUGAUGUGUCUGACUUGAGUGUCCUUGAAAGGGAGAUAAUUGCGAUUGAAGAAAAUUACCUCUGGCUUAUAGCGAAAACUCCAGUCUGGAUACUGCCAAAACUGAAUUAAUGUUAAUUGGGUGUUCUUAUAUAGGACAAAUUAACUGGGAGAAACCACGUAGACGAAAUUUCUAAAAGGAUAUCCUCUAGACGCACUGGGGUUGGAAAAAGACCAUCAUUGUUUUUAAGUCUUUACGUAACCUUGCUCCAGCGUAUCUCCACAAAAAGGUUUUGCAAAUUCAAUGCUAAAUUUUAAAAAACUCAGUUAACAAACUUGCAUUGCCCAAGCCUAGGACAAAGUACCUGAGGUGCAGCUUUUCACAUACAGCCGUGCCGCUUGGUGGAAUAAUCUGCUUCAGGAUCUUAAGGGAUGUGACCCUCUGGGGUUUUUAAAAAUGAUGCUUAAAACUUACUAUUCUUCUUUAGGCUCCCACACACCAAUCAUGUAAAUUAGCUGGAUUUUAGAAGUUGAUAUUUUUUAGUAUAUACGUUUAACUGGUAUUUCCCGUGUAAAAUAAAAAUAAUGGAAACUUUAUUUGUGUUUUUGAAUGUACAAUUGUAAAUCUCGCUACGUAUAGGCAAUUUACAAAAAACAAAAACUAAAACAAAAACAAAAACAAAACAAAACAAAAGCCAAAAAAAGAGAAAGAAAUCAAAAUUGCAUUAAGUCUGGGCUAUCCCAGUUCCUAUUUCUACAACAAAAGAUGUAAUAAGUUGCUCUAAUGGCUAUAUUUAUCAUUUUUUUGAUCAUAUUAAGUUGCUGCUUUUUGUCAAUGCCAAUGUCAUUCAUCCUGCAUGUCUAAGAACGUGGAGCAUUCAUCGGAGAAAACGCCAAGGGAACUCAUGGAGAGAUUUACAAAUCUCGCACAUCUGUAAUUUCUACUCAUUUCGUUGAUCAAGUUCAGAUAUUUUUCUUUCUUACGCACUGCAUUGUUGUUAAGGUUAAUAUAUAGACUCGAAACCAACUGUUAAUUCUAGAACAUGUAGGCACUUGGACUGGAUUAGGAAAAGAAGAUGUGGACGAUAAUUAUCACCAGUUAUUAUUGAGGGAUUCAGAAAACCAUUAUCCACCGUAUUCUUACGUGUAGGGAGGGAGUUGUUGAUAAUAAUAAUAAUAAUAAUAAUAAUAAUAAUAAUAAUAAUAGUAAUAAUAAUAAUAAUAAUAAAAUUGAAUAGGGGGCAUUCCUGUAUAGAUAUGACGAAGGUGCUCGUCUUGCAUAUUCGGGGUUAAAAUUUGUCGAUUGGUAUCACCUUGAAUGGGGUGCGUUAAUCUCAAAAAGACUGCAUAAAGACGCAGUACCUCUCUAAGGCAGUAAUCGGCUCUUGUCUAAGGCUUUAAAGGGCGUUGAGCCAAACAACUAUUUGUUACUCAUUUGAUUUUUUGGAAUCUCUUUUACACUAUGCUGCUUCUUUAACAGGGUGUCUGGACUGGAGGCCUCCGUGAACAGGGUCAUUUGACGUUGGCGGUGCGCAGUCUAUAUAUGUAUUACCAAAGUAAUAUAUCGUGUCAGAUUAAUUCUUAAUUCUAUAGGCGAAAUGAAAUCAACAUGUAAGGUCCAUAAAAAAUGAUCAGUAAUUGUCAGGUUCGAGGAAUUAACUAUAGCUGUCUUAAACAGUUAAGGGCCUCUCAGCGGCACAUCUGAACUCAAACUUCCCAUAAGCGGCGUGAAUGACCCUUAAUUUAAAAAUUUGGACCUAAAUCAAUACUCAUAUAUAGUUAACACCUAUAUGUACGGAUAGAUCAAGCCCCAUGUGUUUUGUAUUAAGGUAAUUUUAUUUUAUAUUUUAUUCCAAAUUUGCUCAUCUGAUUUCCAAACAGCCACAACUAACACAAACGGGUCAUAUAUGUUUACCGGCAACAAUGGCAAUCAGAUACCGCUGGAAUGGAUGUGUGACGGUGAAGAUGACUGCUCCGACGCCUCAGAUGAGACUUCUUGUCAUUUUAGAAACAAGGGAGACCGUCUGAGUAAGUCUCUGCAUGUGCUAUAGGUUACUGUGGGUUGGCCUCUUAAGCUUUCUUAGAAAAGCCUCUUGUCUAAUUUCAGUUUCUCGAUGACGAGGAGCCGGCUGACCUUUAUGUUUCAAAGGAGAGUUUCUAGAACAAAAUUUUCUGCUGACUGGUUUAGAAAGAAAAAAGAAAUUGCACCGAACGAAAAGGGAAAAGCCAGGUAUCCGCAAGAUUGCACGUGACGGAAUUUUUUAGAGUACAGUUGCUGUUUAUGUUCGAUUGGACUUCCGAUCUGUUUUAGUCUUUUUUUUAAAAGUGAUGAAUGCUUACCCUCGGCCUGAUUGACCUUUGCUUAUUAAUAUGGAGACACGGAUGACGGAUGUACAGUUGAAUUGUCGUUCAAGCCUGGGGCUGUUGUCAAUUUGUGACAAAACAUUUUUGCUAUAUUCUGAAAUAAAUGAAAGAUGGUUUCCAUGUUCUGUAAGACGCACCCUCCUGGGCCUAGUUGUUCGAAAGGUGAAUAUCGCUAUCCACUUUAUAAACUGAUUUUUUCAUCCAGUGGAUAUCGCAACUGAUUUUCUUAAGAAUUAUCCGCUAGGUAGUGAUUGAUGUGGUGGAUUGCACCAUUCGAUGUUUAAACAAUCGGGGCUAGCUCUAUAAAAACAAGUGAAUUCUCUUUCCUAUUGUUUCGCGUAUGGCAUCAUGAUUAGGACUGGUAAAAAAGUGCAGGGAGUGGACAAGAGCAUGGAAAUAUGGUGGAUGAAAAACACGUGGUCCACUCCUUCUUUUUGGCACAAAACUGAGUGACCCACCCUUGUUAAAAAUGAAGCUUUAAAAUUACAUGAGGCACCCCCUAGUAAACAUAAAUCGUUUUAUUUUUAAUCUAAUGAAACCACAUUUUGUGUAUGACGAAUUCAUAAAAUAAGUAGGACUAUGUUAUAACACAGGAUGACCUUCCUCCAGGAGUAGCUAAAAAUUAAACGACCCAUCCUGGCCCAGGGCUCAAAAACUGAUGACCCACCCCCUCUCUGCUCCGGCCCAAAUAAUGACAAAAUAUCCCUCCGCCACCCCCGCUCAAUACCUUUUUACCAUUCCCUUACCACUAGCAGUGUUUGUAUAGGCCUCAAGUGUGUUAUCAGUCUUACAGAAAACGGGAAGCUAUCUUCUGUUUUAUAUCUCUUGUAAUGUCUGUGGAGGUACUGUUAACGUUCAAAGUAGCCAGUCAAUUUCUCUCAUAAUCUUAGAGAUUUCCUCACUCAAAGUUGUCUUUUGUUUUGUUAGGUCCUCACAUGAAGAAAGAUGAUUCAAAAUUCAAAGAGGCUCCAAAAAAACUGGAUAAUCCUAUUUCAACCUAUAUCUUCUUCUCACACCCGUAUGAGAUUAAAUCAUUGCGAGUCGCGAUUGUCGGUGAUGAUGAUGAUUGCGUGUACUUGGAAUACGUUCGUAAGUAACCGUCGAGUCUUUUGAGUUUUUUAUCUGAUCAGCCCUUGCAAGACUAGCCUUACAGUUGUCUUGUUGACACUCAUUUUAAAUCAGUUUGUGGGAACCAGUUGCCGCAAUUGCAAGUGAGCUGAAAAACAGGAAUUAUAAUUAGCUCAUGAAUUUGGCGUUCAAUUGAUUCCGCAGCCUCAGAAAUUGGUUGGUCCACGGUGUGUGCAAAUAGUAAGCAAAAGGAUGCAAACCCCCCUAUUGAAAUUGGAGUGUAUAUGUACUAUUUGCAAGGUUCACUCUAGCGUUGGACACGUUCUUCAAUGACAGAAGAACGCCUUAGCGGCCUCGCAGUGAUGCUUAUUAAUCGUGUAACCAACUACAUGCCAACGCUGGGCCUAGUUUUUCAAAGCUGGGUUAAGAUAACCCAGGGUUAGUGCGAGAUUUAAAUUCAGAUAUGAAAGCUUAAAAAUCAUUUCAGUUUUAAUUCUUUUUGUCGACAAGUUGCUUAUUGAAAACUUUAAAAAUAACAGAGAAAAUUAUCCGAGAAAAUGCUUUUAAACGCAAGAAAAAGAAACCCGGGUUAAAUUUAACCUCGGGUUAAGCGUUAAUCGGCCUUUGAACAACUAGGCCCUGGUACAUACCUCUUAUUAGCCGAGUUUUCGGUCCGUACUGUAAAUUGCGGACCGAGUUUUUUUUCAUCGAUUUCGCGCUUGAACCAUAAAUCGAUGGAAAAAAACGAGGAUCCGUAAUUUACAGCACGGACCGAAAAAACGAGGCUAAUAAGAUGUUCAUUAUAUGGCUUCUUCCUGUUUUGGGGGACCGGAAACAAGUGCAGGACGCACGAUUUGACAAUCAUUUGACAGGCGUCAAAAAAGAAAGUUUUUAUUGUCGCACGAAAACAAUAGCACAUAACAAAAGCUUUUCGAGAAAGGAAAAAACAAAUUCGCCAUGUUGAAAAAGUUGGUUCGGUCAAAACUAAGAGCACUCUAAGUUUUAGCUCUUUAAUGUAACGCUGGAGUAUUUUGGAAACCGGACACUGUGUCUGUCUAGAAGUCGUUUCCAUCGUUCCCCAGUUUGUCCUUGUAAAAAGAACACUGCAAAAGGCAAAGAAGCUUUUCAAGGUAAGUUUGUUGUCAUUGUCGAAGGAUUCGCUCGUUAAUUGUUUUUGGGAAAACCUCAGCUCUUUCUGCCAGUUCAUUCUCGUCUUCAGGUAUGAUCUGCGUUAAAAUUUUCAAACACUGACUAAAAUUCUCUUCCCCGGUAAGGUUACCAUUCAGUUUCUACAUCAGCUUCGUUCUCAUUAAAACAAAGCUAGGUUAAAAUUUGGAAAGGCAAAGUCAACAUCCCAGUCCUCAAUUUUAAAGUUUAUUCCGUCAAAACUAAGAGCACUGUAGGUAUUCACUCGUUAGUGUGACGCUGGAGUCUUGUGAAAACUGGACAUUGUGUCUGGCUCGAACUCGCGUCUAUCUUUCUUUCGUUGGUCUUUGAAAAAACACGGCAAAUGGCAAAGAAGCUUGUCAAUAUGAUCGGGUGCAGGUAUGUUUGUUAUCAUAUCUGUCGAAGGAAUUACUCAUUUCUCUUAGGCAAAACAUCUCGAAUCUCUGCCAGUCGAUUUUCGUCUUCUUAACAGUGUACUGCGAUAAAAUUUUCAAACGCUGACAAGAAUCCUCUUCGAUAAGAUUACGAGUUAGUUUCUUCAUCACCUUCGUUCACAAAUAAACACAGUUUAAAAUGUUGAAGGCCAAAGUCAACAUCCAAGUCCUCAAGGUUGACAGGCGUCUUAUAACUUUAUUUAAACCUUUUUUCCGAGGUCAAGAGAUUCAGAGCUCCGAAAUGAGCAUUUUCUUUAAAAAGUUUGGUCCGUAUAGCAAGUUACGGACCGCAAAUUGACCAAUCGCAUGGCGAAAACAGACUCAGCCAUAUAAUAAUUGGAUAUACGGUGUGUUUCAAAUUAACAGGACCUCGGAAAUAAGCACCUGUAAGCACUGAAAAUACCUGCCUUUUCACAUUUGUUCGAGGUCGAUUUUUCGGAGACAUAUCUAGUCUAUAUCUCAUGACAAGUGGUGAAAACAGUGUUUCAGCGCCUCCAAAUUUGAAAAUUGUCUGGGGGAGGAUAUCCCCCCCCCCCCCCCCUUACCAAAAACGUACCUAUGGCCCUGCGCAUGUACCAAUUAUAUCAAGUGGUAACAAGAUGGCAAUAAUUGACCAAGAAAAUUUUUUUUAGCGAUUCGAGUGACAGAUGAAGACGAUGAUCUUGUGUUUGAAAGACAACUGUAAGUAGUUAGAGUCUUUUGAGUUCUUUCUCUCUUCAGCCCUUGCAGAACCCUACAGUUGUCUUUUUGACACUCAUUUUUAUUGUUGAAAAUAAACAUUUGUUGAGGGAAUGUGGUGUUUCCAACAUCUCCCUCUUUCCCUCCCUCUCUCUCUCCCCCUCUCCGUAUUCACUCAUUUAAUGACUCUAUGGCGUUUUUUAAAUUCCUUUUCCUUUUCCCAAACAUCUCAGUCAUAAAAUCGGCACUAUCGAUGAAGCGAUUUUCGUCAGCAAUAAAUUGAAACAAGAUCUUAAGCCAAGGGAAAUAUAACCGCCAUUCGAAAAUCAUAUGCGUUGUGGUUUACCUUUUUCAUGUGAUCUGUGCGCUGCAAAUUAUGUUUGCUAUACGGCGCAUUGUUGAACAUAAGGACUAGGCUAUCGGUAAAAAAAAACAUUGUGGAAACUCAUGGGUAAGCCCAAGAAAGCCAAUUUUGCAUUUUUCGCAAGUGCCAGACGAAGUUUGAAUGCUUGAUUUAUGAGAUGCCGUUUCAUUAGAAUCCAAGCUUGAAGACCACCCAGGCUUAUUGCAUUCGUAUAAAACUCUGCUUUACUAACAUUCUUGAAACUCUAUUAGUUAGUUUUUUAAUCAGGCAUUGUUUAUUUAUUUUCAUUUUGCAACAGGCAUAACUUUUUGACUUGAUAAUCGGGCAUUAGUUGAACGUUGAAAAGUCGUCGUCGGUUUUUAAUUUUUAUCUUUAUUUCAGCGCAGUAUUUAUAUGCAAAUGUUUAACGAAAUCGCUUCUUAUACAUAGAGCGAUUUUCGUAUGACCUUAAAAUGAAAACGCGUGAACAAAACAGAAAAAACAAACGAACGGAAAUAGAGCCAUUUGAUUGGUUUAUCGAACGGAUACAAAAGCGAUGACUUUUGGUUGGUUAAGCGAACGCUCGGGCGAAAAAACUUCUCAUGCCCGAGAACUUUCUAGAAAUCAAACGAUACUUCGCUUUGACGUCAUACUGCAACACGAUUGGCCAAUCGAACAAUGCCUUCUCCAUAUUAGGGUUUUCUUUGGCGGGAAAACGAAGAGUCCAUUUUUUGAUCUUUUCAUCCAUCGGCUUAUGAAACAGAUGACGAACACUUACCGAAACCAUUUUUCAAGGUCAUACGAAAAUCGCUCUAUCCUACUAUAAGACAGUUGAAAAAUUGUGACAGUUUAAUUUUCAGCGUCAGUCCCUACCUUUUCAUCAUUGCCAUCGUAAGCAAAAACUACGUAGAGCUGCGAGGGGGUACUUCCUGUGGAUGUGCCGCUGGACGGGAUCGCAUUUUUAUGACUGGUUUGACAAAAAUGGGGUUGCAUUUUAAAUGGUGUUUCUAGAAAGGGGUCGCACGUUUUGGAGAUUUGGGUGUAAGAAAAUUUUGGGUAAGUAAGAGUUUCCAUAAUGGAAAGAUUCGUACAUCAUUUUAAAAGUUUAAAAGAUGUGUCAAUUCACUUCAGGGUGACCUAGUUAAAAGGCUUAAUUAGGUAGAUAAACAAACAGAAAGUGACUAAGUUGGGAUCGCAAAAGUUACAUUUUUACAUUUUCCCAAAAGUGAUCCAAGAAGGAGGUCUAAAAUGUUAGCUUUGUUCGAAAAUGAACAAAGAAUAGACUAUAAUCACCGGGGCACUGCCUGGUUUCUCAAUUAGGCUCAGUGCACCAACUGCACGUGCAAAAGAAGCAAUCUCCUUGGCAUAAACUCAAAAAAAAUUGGAUUUUCCCUUACAAAAUGGAAGGAAAAUAAUUAUGCUCCUCCACAGUUUUCCACAAGAAAAGCGUUAACGAUUUUUAACUUUUUGCCCCUUUAGGUUUAGGUAAACUGAUCCUUACAUUGCCUUGAUGGGCUUGUUCAAUCCGUAAACUUGCCAAACGAAUCAAAGGUUGAAUAGGUAUCGAAAAUUGGGUUGUUUGACAUGACGGUUUCUUUGUCACGGUUUUUUUUGUAAGCCAUUUCCAACACUUACAAUAGUACCACGACCUUAUUGGAUCAAGAACCGGAUCAAGCGGUAUGGGUAGGUCAUUUUUUAUUUUCAAAAUAAUUAUGCUCCUCCAUUUUUCCGUCUAACUUUAGGCAGUUAAUUAUUCGGGAAGAAACAGAAUAACGAUCUCUUGUACCUUGAGACAUAACGAUCUCUUGUACCUUGAUUCAACUUGUGAUCCGCUUAGUCCGGGCAGCUGUGAAGACAAUGUAUACUGGGUUCAUAUCAUCAAAUUUGAUGGAACCCGUAGUGAGGAUCUGGUUUUGUUAAAGAGGCUACAAUGCAGGCCAGGGAUCAAAGUAAAUGGACACCACAAGGCCCUCUACCGGAAAAUUAAGUGGACAAAGAGUGUCCAUUUGUACCUUUCGUUCAGUCUGAAGAGCAAUGAAGACAAUGGAUAUUUAUGGGCUGACACUGACAGAGCAUGGGAAAACGUUUUUGUUACUGUUUUUUGCAAGACGUUUGGAGUAAAGAACCCUCCCGGAUAUGAAGAAAAGCGAGGUAUUAUUCAGCUAACUCACUGCCAUAUAUAAGACAAAAAUCUUUCAAAACGGCCCUAGUUUUAUUUGUUAUUUUGCACACAUUUUUUUGUUCUAGAAUCUUAGAAAAUUCUUCAGCGUUUCCCUACAGUUAUUCUGAACAGUUUUCUCAUCUUAAAAAGUGCGUGCUCAAUACGAACAGCCACAUAAAUGUUGUCGACGUGCGAGCCAUUGUCGAGAAUGAACAACUAAGAAAACGCUCUCAUAUUUUUGUAAACUUUGACGUCUUUGGUCCAUAUGGAAACAUGCUUAUUAUUCUUCGUGGUCGCAUUAAGCUUUCCAUUUCAGCUAUUAAGAUGGUAAUUAGCAAAAUAGGGGAGGAUAGAUCUGGUACCUCAUUAGGAAAAUUUUGACCAAUCCUAACAGAGUUACAGACAAAAAAACAAGCAACGUUUGGGGAAAAAUCCACCGCCAAUUUUGCUGUUUACCUACUAUACUGCUCUUAACAGAUUAAAUUAACCCAUGCGAAAGAAAGGCGGUAAAAAGAAACGCAAAGGGAAAAAGAAGAGAGCAAGAAAAAAAAUCAAAAUAGAUUCGGGUGCGCGAAAAACAGAAAAGCUGCUUAAUUAGAUCCAAUUAGCAGAAAAUUAAGGGUGAUGUUAUACGGAACGAUUCGAUAACGACGAUUUUUAGCGCAACACAGCGCAGCGUUGCAACAUUGUUGCGACAUUGUUUUGAACGGUUACAACAUUGUUCCAACAUUUUAACGCUGUGUUACACUAAGAUCGUCGUUGCGAAUAGUCUUGUGUAACAUCUCCUUUAUUAGCGUUGGAAAUCUCUUUUUUGGUCAUUCCGGCCCAUGCUAACUGGCCGAAAAACGGUUCUAAAAGGAGGAUUCGGUCCAAAAUGCGGUUUUCCCCAAAAAACUGGCUGACGGCAAAGCGGUUAAGGACCUUAUCAUCCAUUAAUUGAAAGACUGUAUCCUUUUUUUCCAGGUGAAGCCUUUUACCAGCGCAGUAGUGAUCAGAGAGUUGACUUGAACAUACGACACCCUGAAAAGCGAAAAAGUGAAAAAGACAGGGUUAGUGUUUUAUGCAUGUGACCACGAUUAACAUAGAGCACUGCUUCUAAAAUUUCUGAGUUACACGUUGCAUCCUUCUUGUCAGAUUUGGGGUGGAAACCAAGUUUGGUUAUGGAGGUAUCGCUGAGGAAUGAACUGACCCUCGUUAGGACAAAAAACGAAAUGUUUUGAAAUAACUUGUGCAGUAUAAUGGAUAAGAUAUAAACUCUAUUUUUACUGUAGAUAAUAGUACUACGUUUUAGUUGUUUUACAUAACGUUUAAGCUUUUUUAAGACUCUUUGCAUGCCUUAAAUGCCAUCGUCGUGUUUCUUCAAAGCUAGAACAUAUUUUGUAAAACUUCUCAUUGUGCGUUAGCAACUCGUGAUUUAUUGAUAUUGCUAUAUUCCGGAUUUUAGGGAGGAGUGGACAAACCUUGGGAUCCAAUCGCUUCGUUGGGUGUCAUUUCGCUGCUACUAGUACGUAUUCUAUCAUUGCUUCUUCACAGUUUGUAUUUGUUAAGGUCAUUAAAAUACUAAAUGAGUUGGUCAGCCAGUUAGGGCGAAUGAGUGAGUAAGUGGGUUUUCAUUCAGGAUAGAACCAGUGUUAGCAAACACAGGCCCAGACAUAAAUACUUUCGCUUCCAGCGACCUCGUGUCAGUGAUCGCCGGCGCAGUCGCUUGCGUUUUGUUUUGCAAAAUAUGGUUUUUUUUUUGUACCCUUCAUUUUUGGCUAGAACUAGACGGCAAGGAUCAUUCUGCUGGUAGUCUAACACUCACUUAAUGUUAUCUAAAUAUCGUUUUGUUUUAGCUAUAUAGAGAGAAAAUGUGAAGAAUAUAUUUGGGGGACUUAUUCACGCUAGUGUUUUUAUCUUUGUUUCUGUUUGAUUUUCGGGUUUUUUUGUAAAGAGUGUCCGGUACUGGAUAAUGGUCGUAAUGUGUAACUACAUUUUCCUCAGGUAACGAUUUACAGAUGCUCUCCUGGAACAAAAGUGACCAACAUCACCAAAUGCAAAGUGGUCAAAGUGAAGGGUCAACAUGGUGGAGUGGUAAUUGCAGGAGAUUACGCGACAGUAAAUGUUCAUUACAAUUACGCCGCCGAACAGGCAAGAUUAAGCGAAUCUCGCAACUGUUAG